GCAUGUGGAAAGAACUAGGGAGAAUAACCCAUACCCAACAGAGAUGCCAAAUGAUCCUAUAGCCACCCAGCUCAACGCUAUGCAACAACAGUUCGGUGUGUUUCAGCUUGUGCUUGCACAGUUGUUGGCCAGAGACAACCCAGCCCGAAUUGUUGUCCUGCCUCAGAGCCAAUCCCAAGGCCACUCCCACAUGGCAUCUCCACCUUCACAACCACCCCAACUAGUUGUCUCAGAUGUUUCCAAGAGGCUAGACAACCUAGAAAGAAUGAUGGCCGAGAAUCGAAAUGCCCAACCUCAAGCCCAGCCUAGUUCUACCCUAAUCCUUACCCCUCUUAAUACUAACAUCAUCCAAGAACCAUACCCAUCUAGAUUCAAAAUGCCCCAGUUCGAGACGUAUGAUGGCACUAAGGACCCCGAUGAUCACUUGCACGCAUUCUGCUUUGUUAUGCAAGCUCAAAAUGCCUCAGAUGCCUUGAUGUACAAAAUAUCCCCCUCUACAUUGCGUGGAAACGCUGGACUUGGUACUAUAGUCUACAGUCGAACUCAAUCAGUGGUCCAGAGGGAAGGUGAAUCUCUGAAGAACUACAUGAACAAAUUCAACAAUGCUGUACUGGAGAUCGGCUCAUUCAAGCAAGCCGUGGGAUUAGUUGCCAUAAUCCAAGGUCUUAAGCAUGAGAGGCCAACACUGAGCAAAGAGGUCAGACCUCCAAUGUGGAGAGAUGAAAGUUGUAGUAUACAAGUUAAGUACCAAUCCUCUGAAGAAACCCAUAGCUCAGAAAAGGCGCUUGUUCGAGGGAGAGAGGUUGUAAGCAAUCAGAGAAGAGGUGCAAAAGCUUUUGCAGGCAAGGUUUCUUACCCGAAAGACUACCAUCCCUUACCAAGUAUAGACAAGCUGGUAGAGGCUGCAUCUGGAAAUGAAAGGCUUAGCCUUUUACAUGCUUACUCGGGAUAUCACCAAGUCCACAUGGCACCCCAAGACGAGGUGAAGACCAUCUUCUACGCCAGUGAUGAGAUCUAUUGUUAUGUGAUGAGGCCGUUUGGACUCAAGAAUGCAAGGGCUACAUAUCAAAAAAAGGUGACGAUUGUAUUUCGAGCUCAAAUCGACAGGAAUUUAGAAGUCUACGUUGACGACAUAGUGGUUAAAAGCCUCAAAGUAGAAGAUCAUUUGACCAACUUAAGAAAGACAUUUGAUAACUUGAGAAAGCACAACAUGAAGUUGAACCCGGCCAAGUGCGUCUUUAGGGUUGAAUCUGGUAAAUUCUUGGGAUUCUUGGUCUUUAUAAAGGGAAUAGAGGUCAAUCCCGAGGAGAUAAAGGCAAUAGAAGAGAUGAAACUACCAAAGUCGAUCAAAGAUGUACAAUGCUUAAUUGGGCGGGUGACAGCUCGACACAGAUUCAUUUCAAAGGCGGCUGAUAGAUGCUUGCCUUUCUUCAAAGUCUUGAGGUCUGCAGCACAAAAAGACAAAGCAAGGAAGCUCAAAAAGUUUGAAUGGACCUCGAAGUGUCAAACUUCCUUUGACAAGCUCAAAGCAUACCUUAACUGGCCACCUCUACUAACCAAGGCUGAAGAAGGCGAGAUUCUUGACUUCUACCUUAGGAUAUCAGACACAGCGAUGAGUUUGAGGUCAUCAAUUCGAGCUCAAGCUUUAGCAGACUUUGUGGUUGAAUGCACUUCUAACCAAGGAAAUACCAAUUUCGAAGUCAAACUAUGGAUCCUCUAUGUGGAUGGCGAAUCUAACAAUAAAGGGUUAGGUGCUGGGGCAGUGUUGAUUGGACUUGAAAAUUUUCGAAGUGAGCAUGCUCUGAAGUUCAACUUUGAAGCAACCAACAACAUGGCUAAAUAUGCGGCCCUUCUUCUCGGACUUCAUUUAGUAGCUGAAUUGAAAGUCAGAUCUCUACAGUUAGAGGUGAUGGAAGUUAGUAUUGAUCUUGAAACUCCAAGCUGGACAGAUCCUAUCAAGGCCUAUCUCCGAGAUGGAACCGUCCUAAUUGACAAACAAGAAGAAAUGUGGAGAAAAGUAUCUCGGUACACCUUGCUUGAUCGUAUGUUGUACAAGAGGUCAUACUCACUUCCUUUACUUCACUGUUUAACCCCCUACGAGGCCGAGUAUGCCCUUCACGAGGUGCAUGAGGGUGUCUGUGGAAGUCAUAUUAGAGCUCGGACUUUGGCUCACAAAGUACUCGACCAAGGAUAUUAUUGGCCCAAUAUGCAAGAAGAUGCCAAAGAAUAUGUUCAAAAGUGCCAAUUCUUUGCACACCUCACUCACCAACCAACAGAAGAACUCACUAACUUGGUCGCACCAUGGCCCUUUGCUCAAUGGGGGAUAGAUUUGUUGGGUCCUUUUGUCAAAGUUUAUCAUCUCGAGAUGAAUGGAAUGGUAAAAUCUGUUGGCAAUGUUAUUCUAGAAGGGAUUAAGCCGAUGUUGGACCAACUCAAAGCCAAGUGGGUAGACGAGCUCAACAAUGUCUUGUGGGCUUACCAAACUACCAAUCAGAUGGCCACAGUUAUUCUUGUUAAGGCCGGUGUCCCUAGUUUGAAAGUUAGCCAUUUCAACCCAGCACGAAAUGACCUACUACUUUGGGAAAACCUUGAUCUCUUGGACGAAGUCUGCGAGCAAGCUCGACUUCAGACAAUGGCAUAUAAGUAGAGGAUAGCCAGCUUUUACUAUAAACGACUUCGACCUUG